AUGAAGCACUUCUCUCCUGACGCCCUGCUGCUGUCUUUCGCGCACGUUUUCUUCUUCUGCACCUUCCUGGACGGUUUGCGCGCUCAGGAGGCCGCCGGGGACGAGGAUGCGCUCCGGCGCGGGUUGACAUGGCAACACAACGGGCAGGUCUUCAGCAUCCUGAGCCGCAGCGCGCAGUACCGGCCGUCGGCGCGGAGGCACGCCGGGUCGCCCCGCCGCGGGGACCCCGUGGUGGUCCUGAGCAGCGCCAACGACACGGUCCCCGCCGCGUCCCGCAGCUCCCCGCGCGUCCCCGCCGCCAGCAGCUCCGCGCAAUUACGCGCCGCGGCCCGUCAGCAGCACCAGCAGCAGCCCGGUGACGGCGGUUCCGACCCGGUCCGACAGGAGGACGGGAUGGUGGGAGACGACCCGUACAACCCGUACAAGUCCUCCAACUACUACCCCUACUACAACUACUACAACUCGUACUUCAGACCCAGACCCAGGACUCAGACCCAGAACGGAUACGGAACCUCCUACCACCAGAACGGUCUCCCUGAUCUGGUUCCGGAUCCGUACUACAUCCAGAUCGCCUCCUACGUCCAGAGGAUGCCCAUGUACAACCUGCGCUGUGCUGCCGAGGAGAACUGCCUCGCCACCUCGUCUCGUUACGCUCAGGACUACGACACCAGAGUUCUGCUGAGGUUUCCUCAGAGGGUGAAGAACCAGGGAACCGCCGACUUCCUGCCCAGCAAACCUCGAUACGCCUGGGAGUGGCACAGCUGUCACAAUCACUUCCACAGCAUGGACGAGUUCAGCCUCUACGAGCUGCUGGAGGUUCACACUCAGAGGCAGGUAGCUGAAGGCCACANUUUUUUACUUUAUUGUAUAUUUUCUUUGUCCUUCUUGUUUCACUCUCAGUCCAUAUGUCAUUCUGAACUGGGUUUUCCUGUGCAGGGUUUGAGUCCUGGUUGCUACGACACCUACAACGCCGACAUCGACUGUCAGUGGAUCGACAUCACCGACGUCUCUCCUGGAAAAUACAUCCUCAAGGUGACAGUAAACCCCAGGCAGCAGGUUCCAGAGUCCAACUUCAACAACAACGUGGUUCGAUGUGACGUUCAGUACACCGGAACCUCUGCCCACGUCUCCGGAUGCUCCAUGACGGCGUAA